GGACCGCCGCUGCCGUAGACUGGAGAGGCAUAAGAACUGGGGACCGGAGGGGAGAAGGGACGAGCCUCCAAAGCUCCACUCUCUCUCCUCCGCAGCCACGCCGUUGAUUCCUCCUCCUUUCUUUCUUCUUCGUUUGACACGGAUCGGUCGAUCGGAUUCGUAUGCUGGAUGGGAAGGAGGAUAAUGGAGUGGGCGGGGCGGGCGGAGCACCUGGGUGGGAUCCCGCGGGCGCUUGUGGUCUUGGCGGUGGGAGCCUUCGCCAAGACCGUCACCUCCUGCCUCAACUCCACCUCUGUCCACAACCCCCAAGCCCUCCUCCACCUUGUCAAGUCCCGCCCACCUGGCGUUCCCCUCCUCACCGUCAGCAACCACAUGUCAACGUUGGAUGACCCUCUUAUGUGGGGGUUUAAGGGAUUUCCAUCUAUGGAUGCAAAAUUUGCAAGGUGGGUUCUGGCGGCAGAGGACAUAUGCUUCAAAAAUAAACUGUUUUCCUACAUAUUUCGACUUGGAAAAUGCAUACCAAUAAUCAGGGGUGGUGGAAUAUAUCAAGAACAUAUGAAUGAAGCUCUUGAAGUGUUAAAUCAUGGAGGCUGGUUGCAUACAUUUCCAGAAGGAAAGGUGUGUCAAGAUAAAGCUCCCAUAAGGCGUCUAAAGUGGGGAACAGCCAGUCUCAUUGUACGUGCACCCAUCACGCCUAUAGUCUUGCCAAUCAUCCACUCUGGUUUUGAAAAGGUCAUGCCAGAGAAAUCAUUUUUUGGAAGGAGGCCACCGUUGCCUCUUUGCAAUAAAGAAAUCCGAAUUGUAAUUGGUGAACCAAUUGAGUUUGACCUUCCAAGCUUAAAGCAGGAAGCCAUUGCUGCCACUCAAGAUGGAUGUCUCCAGACUUUAGGAUGGCCAAAGACUUUCCCUGAUGGACUUGGUGAGGCUGCACAGAGAUGGAUUUACACUAACAUAUCUGAUCGGCUUCGAUCAGUGAUGGAAAGUUUACGAAUUUUCACUUCCGAUAAAUUCAACCUGUGAAUUUUUUUACAAUAUUUGAGAUUAGAACUUUAUUGAAUUCAAAUUACGAACUUUAUUGAAUUUUCAAUGUAACAGAUAUUCGCAUCAGUUUGCUGUUGGUUCAUUUGUGUCCA